AUGGUGAUCGGAAGCUCGCCCAACUUGAGCGGCCUCAAGUACAUUGCUCUGAUCCUCCCUCUUCUCUUCACGGUCAUCUACUUUUACCACCACCGCCCCGCCAUCCUCGCCGAAGAGUCAACACGACUGCGACUUUUACCUCACGAGCCCAAUGAUUUCUGGGUCGAGUUCUUUGCCCGUCUCGAGGCAGCCCGACCUCAUUCGCCACCUCUCACGUUCAAGGAAAAGGUAGAUGCCUUGAACUGGGUACCCGACUUUGACCGUGCUCGCCCCGAGAUCUGGAAGCCAAAUCCCAAAGAGGUCAGUGAUUUGAGCAAGUCCCACGCUGCUUUCAUCAAGACACUCCCCGAGUUUGCGCGCCACCUCCCCUACGAUGCCGACACGACCGGUAUCGUGACAACAGCCGGCAAGGGCAACUUUGGUCAAGUCAUCACUCUGCUCGUGAUGACGCGCCAAUCCGGCUCCAAGCUUCCCAUUCAGAUCGUCAUCGACUCGUCCUCGGUUUGGAUUGACAAUCUCUGCGCAAAUCUCGUUCCGCAUUAUAACGCGGCCUGUAUCUACCUCGAAGAUAUCUGGGCACACCUGAACCCUCAUCCCCCCAAGUUCGAUCGCUUCCAGUGGAAGUUUCUCGCCAUGGUCACCUCCACUUUUCAGAACAUCCUCUUCCUCGACGCCGACAUCAUCAUAGCGAACAACCCCGACAAGAUCUUCGCUCCGGGCGCAGAGCCCUUCCAGUCUACGGGAUUCAUUGCUUGGCCCGACUUUUGGGUCCCCUCCGGCUCCAAGUACUUCUACCAAAUUGCCGGCAGCAUUCCCGUCCCGCAACUCACCGACCGCGCGAGCUCCGAAAGCGGCAUGAUCGUCCUCGACAAAGCUCGGCACGCCGACACCCUCCUACUCGCGUCUUACUACAACUACCACGGCCCCACGCACUACAUGGCCAUCCUCUCGCAGCACGGACCGGGAGAAGGCGACAAGGAGACCUUUCUCCAAGCUGCGUACGUCCUCCAAGAGCUCGCCAAAAGACCCGUCGAACACGGCGGCUACCGCCCACCCAUGGAAUGGACCAAGCUCCCCUCCGCCCAAGGUCAAAAGAAGGGGUUCUAUGACGUCAAGAAAAUGCCGAAAGCCCACGGCCGCAGCGCCAACGGGAAAUGGCGCGGCAUGUUCAUGAAGCAGAUGGAUCCUGUCGAGGACUGGCGGGCAUUGCAGCAAGCUGCCAAAGAAGCCAAGCAUCCAGCUCCCAUCGAUACCCAUUCCCCUUUUCUGUUCGACUCAUCGUGGCUGUCAACAGUGGGUAACCUCACGUUAAAGCAGGACCAAAAGAAAAUGAUGUUCUUCCACCACAACGGCGUCAAACCGGAUUUCUCGGACGUGGUCAACAGUAAAACGGGACUGGUGGAGAUGGAUGAGAAGACGGGCAAGCUUUUGCGCCUGUGGGGAGAUCCAAAGUGGAUUAUUGAGACCACGGGUAAGGAUCUGGAGAAGAUUUUGUGGUUGAGCACCAUGGAAGUGUGGUGUCGCUUGGAUGAGGACGAGUUUGAUGAUGUUUGUGGGAGGAUGUCGGAGAUAUAUGAGGCGGUUUAUGCUGAGAAGUGA